AUGUUGGGUGAAUGUUGGAUCGAUACCCCGGCGUUCAAAGCCAGUUCCUCCCACCAAUACACCAUUGAUCAUAAUAGGCCUGUCCAGAGUGACCUGGCUUUUGUCCCCCAUAAUCUCAUCACAGAGACGGAGGAGGUCCUCUCUGAGAGUCUGAGCUUCGAGCCCUUUGCGCCCGAAGCUCGCCCAAGCGAUCGGUUACUGGACCGCUAUGCGGACUGUCUCCACUUUGACGAAUGCGAUCCUACCCAGGAUAGGCGACCAUAUCUAGACGAGCUCAUCGCGAGAGCAAGGGCCGACCCACUAACAGUACUGGCUGCAACUGAUGGCUCUGUCCCUCAGUCCAACCAGUAUCAGGCAGCUUCAGCUGCCAUUAUCUACAAGGGACAUCGCGAGCUCGAGAGGACUCGCUAUGUCUCUGGCAGAGUUACCGCCCCAGAUGCGGAACUCAAUGCCAUCUCGUGUGCAGUGCGCCUGGCUGUUAAGCAGGCAAACUGCCAACAUAUUAUGGUCUUUACUGACUCUAUGGGCUCGGCCCAUAGAGCGGUUGACCCUGGUGUGCAUUCUGGUCAGGCUUUUAGCCUGUCAGUUUGUCGCGUUCUUCAAGAGUGGUUUGAGGUGGACGAUCUCCGUUGCAUCACUUUUGUCUACGUCCCAUCCGCUCUGCGGUGGGAUAUUCAUGGUGAAGCACACAAGUACGUCACCGAGCUCAAAGUCAGGGUUGGCCGUUGUAAGACGGACAACUCUAUAGAUGUGCUUCGCUCUCGAGCUGCGCACUCAGUCCUGGAUUCGUGGAAUUCCACUUUCCAGGAUCCAACUUACCGAGGCUCUGAAUUCUUAGAGCUUCAACAGCCUGACGGGCGGCUGCUACAGCCAUUGUACCUCAAUGGGGGACCUUGGCUUUCAACCUUCGGACACAGUAUCACUGAGUUUGCCCACAUGUGCCGGUGUAUAACUGGCCACGCGCCCAUUGGAGCGUAUUACCGUCGCUUCAAGAUCAACAAGCCUCACGGCUGCACUUGCGGGGCUGCUCUGCAGUCCCAUCAGCAUAUUCUCUUUCGCUGUCACGAUCGCUACUCCGUGCAUUACCCCCGCUUUCUUGGGGAUAUUGCAUCGUUUAUGAAGUACAACCCCACGGCAUUUGGCUUCAACCGAGACCCCUCGGGUGUCGGAUAA